UGGUCGUGUACAGACGGGCGGUGCCAUAGUGUGUAUACGUUGAGCUUUCUUUUUUUUUCUUAAAAGAAAAUUAAAAGGGAAGAUUUUUUGUUUGCCGUGUUGUUCCGGAUGUUCUCUCGCAAUGGAUAGGUCGCACACGUCGACCGAUAACGGAGAAGUUUCAUCAACAUCCACCAUGCCGGAUUCGGCUAAAAGCGGAAAUAAGACGUACACGUUAAAACCUGGCCGUAAAUUUGGAUUGACUGGCCAGCGACAUAAUCAUCAGCAACAGGUCUUUGUGAAUAGUUUCACUAGUGGUGGCAGCACUGCCGAUGGACGCCGGAUGUCUGUACGCGAAGAGCAGCGCAACAGCUGGAUGUAUUCGCUGUCCGAGCAGGAAAUGGAGGACAAGUACAACGCUAUUUGCUUAGCGAUCCGCACGGAAAAUCUGACCCUCGGUCAGCGACUGGAGCACCAGCACGCCGAACGUGAUCUGGUUGAGAACAAUUUGAGCCAGGAAGUGCGGGUCCUUCACUCACUUUUUCUCACGCUGAAGCAAGAAGUGGCCCGGAGCCAGGCAAGCCCUUAUCGCGACGGAUUGAGCAGCGUCGGAUGGAACGAGAUCUUCAUCAAAGUGGCCAACCAACUGGACGCGGUCCACAGUUCGGCGACGAGAAUCAGUUCGUCGGCCGAAUCGCUCGGCGCCGUUGAAUACGAGGCCCGAUUAAGCGCCGCCGUUCAAGUCCUUAUCCUUUACGUCGACCACAUCAAACGCAAAUGGGAAAAGGAACAUCACGAACUGGAAGAGACGAAACGGAUCCUCAAAGAAAGUGGUGUCAAUGUUGCUCAGUGCUUGGCUGCUCUACCCGAUCGUCUGGGAGCGAGUGCCAAUCCACAACCUAGCGGACCAGUCAGUAAAAGACGGGCCAGUUUCCCUGCAGCCCCCUUUCGCCGUAUUUCACUCAAACCGCCUCCGCUGGUCCUAGGUAAUGCACGACUGUCGACAACGCUGUCGGAUCCAUCAGCCAAUAAUGAUUGCGUGUCGGCUACCGUACCGAUAGCCGAAGAACGGGAAGACGCAGCCGAGUCUGACCACCCGCCACCUUCGGCGUCUUCCAUCAAAACUGGCGACCAUUGCCAACAGGAGGCUGGCAAAACGGCACUUACUCCGUCUCAAUCGCCAGCUUAUCUGCCGUCCGCACAAUCAGCGCUAGCUACACCAUCGGCCUCGACCGCAAGUAGCGCAAAUGUUCCAUCUGCUCCCGGCGUAUCAGUCACGAUUCGAAGAAGGGGGGUCGGUGGCUUGAAGAGCCACAGUUGGAGUAGCGGCCAUACCACCAGCGGAUUGCUGGAUCGUCGGGAGUCGGCUGAAGCUUCUGGACGACUGGUUGGAGCUAAAACAAGCUGGUUCUCCAAAGCGGGCCAAUGGACUCGCCUUCAGUUGAAACAGUGGCGCAAGACUGCCGCUACCUAUACCUCGUCUUACGCCGAGCAGUGGACUUCCUUGCGACAAAAGAGGCUGCAAUUAUUGCGUUACAGCGCUUCUGCUUGCUUCCUUUUGGCUGCAUUGGUAUCGAUUGUCGUCACGUUUGUUCCGUCUUCGGGUACCCCGUCGCCGUACAACGCGACAGUCAUGCCCGGCCAUCGAACGGGCCGUUGAAACGUUACAUUUUGAGCUUUAUUCUUUUUUUUUUUUUUUUUUGUUAAAUAUUGUUUGAUAAGAAAGCUAUGGAGGAAUUUUGACGUUGCUUUCAUUGUGAAUUUUUUUCUUCCCACUUCUGAAGCCAGAAGUUUUUGCGAGCUUUUUAUAUUAUCUUAAACGUCUAAUGGAAUGGGCGAUAAAUUGGCCCGGCCAAACGUGUGUGUAUUGUGUUAAUGUCUAUGAUUAAGUUGAAAGCAGCAAAAAGCGGCAAGCAGAACGGGGGGACGUUCUAUUGCUUUUAACAAAAAAAAAAGUUGUCUUAAAAUGCCUGACCUAUUUGGUAUAAUGCUGGAGGAGGCGAGACCGGCCCGUCUGGAGGGGGCAGUUCUACGGUUGCUGAUAGCCGUAGCUUCUGUAAUUCCAAUAACGGCUACACAGUGACGUCGCUGAAAAUGCUAUUCAUAGCUUUUUCUUUUGCUUUUUGUGCUCAGCUGUUUCAAUGUGUAUAGUGUCGGGAGCUGAGUCAAGAUGCGAUAGCCUUCCCCACUUCUUUGAUUUGACCUGUUUGUCUCUUUGUCGUCCAUGGGAAAAGUGCGUAGGAUUCGUGAUCGUUCAGGAUGCGCUGCGAAGAAUUUUUUAUUUUUUUUUUUUUUAAGGGCUGGUUUGUACCAAUUUAGAAGGAAUGAUGUUGAUGUAGCGUUAGACACGCAGCUGUAAUGUAAUCACGCAUUGUGAAUUCAAUAUAG